AGAGUCUCAGGGUGCGGGCGGCCGUUACAACGGUUGGGACUGAAGGGAGAGGCGCGCGGGGCGGCCGGAUCAGGGAUAUGAAGGUCAUCACUUGCGAGAUAGCGUGGCACAACAAGGAGCCUGUGUACAGCUUGGACUUCCAGCACGGAACUGAUGGGAAGAUCAACCGACUGGCCUCUGCGGGUGUGGAUACGGCCGUCCGGAUCUGGAAAGUGGAAAAAGGACCGGAUGGAAAAGCUAUUGUGGAAUUCUUGUCCAAUCUUGCCCGCCAUACCAAAGCAGUAAAUGUCGUGCGCUUCUCUCCCAGUGGUGAAGUCCUCGCAUCUGGCGGAGAUGAUGCUGUUAUUUUAUUAUGGAAGCUGAAUGAUAGCAAAGAAUUGGAACCACUAGCUUUUCAGGAUGAAGAUGAAGCUCAGCUUAACAAGGAGAACUGGACAGUUGUUAAAUCUUUAAGAGGCCACUUAGAAGAUGUGUAUGAUAUCUGUUGGACCUCAGAUGGGAAUUACAUGGCAUCUGCCUCUGUAGAUAACACGGCUAUCAUGUGGGAUGUCAUUAAAGGACAGAAGGUUUCAAUAUUAAAUGAACACAAGAGUUAUGUCCAAGGAAUAACCUGGGAUCCUCUAGGCCAGUACAUUGCAACUCUGAGUUGUGAUAGGGUUCUGAGGGUAUACAACACACAAACCAAGCGUGUGGCAUUCAAUGUUACCAAGAUGCCGUCUGAGUCAGGAGCUGAAGGAGAGGCUAGGAGCUAUCGGAUGUUUCAUGAUGACAGCAUGAAGUCAUUUUUCCGCAGACUCAGUUUUACUCCUGAUGGUUCCUUACUGCUCACUCCAGCUGGCUGUGUUGAAUCAGGAGAAAAUGUGACAAACACCACGUAUGUUUUCUCCAGAAAUAAUCUUAAAAGGCCCAUGGGUCAUCUGCCCUGUCCGGGAAAGGCAACUUUGGCUGUUCGCUGCUGCCCAGUCUACUUUGAGUUGAGAAGAGCACUUAAUAAAGAUGAAAUCAGUCAGAAAUCAUCGCCCGCUCUAUUGAAUCUACCCUAUCGAUUGGUGUUUGCUGUUGCUUCAGAAGAUUCUGUGCUUUUUUAUGAUACUGAGCAGUCUUUCCCUUUUGGUUAUGUUUCUAACAUACAUUAUCACACCCUCAGUGACAUUUCAUGGUCCAGCGAUGGAGCCUUUCUUGCUAUUUCUUCUACGGACGGUUAUUGUUCGUUUGUUACCUUUGAGAAGGAUGAGCUGGGAAUACCACUGAAGGAAAAGCCUCAAAUAAAUGUCAGGACUUCCGGUGCAACAGAGAAGAAAGUGAAGAAGAGUCAACCACACAAAGUCAUUUCCCCAAGCUCAAGGCUGUCAGAGGGGACUCCUCUGAGCACUCCCACUCUCCAACCUAAAACGCCUGUAGCUGCUGCUAAGGACUUGCCUUUCACACCUGUUGGCAUAAAAAAUGUUCCAGUCUCAUCUUCAGAGGAGAGGAAAAUCAGCCAGCCAGCCAGCCAGAGUACUAAAGGAAACCAGCCCAGGAGGAUUACUCUCAACACUUUACAAGCGUGGAGCAAGACGCCAAGGAGAAUAAACUUGAUAUCACUGAAGCCAGAAACACCGGCCUCAGUAUAUACAGACACAGUUCCUGUACCUCCUUCCUCAGAACAGGAACAUGAGAGGCCAUUACCAUCUGAUGACAGUCUUCAAAAUUCCCCAGCGUCUAAACGUCCUAGAACUGAGGAAAUGCCUCUUUCUGUGUCUGCUGAAGAUCAGAUCGGCUGCAAACCAAACAAAUAACAACUGGUUUCUUAGUAGACUCUUCAAUCUGAACGCAAUGCGGCCGCACGUGAGAGCUCAUUUCCUUCUGCAAAUGAUAAAUCCUCAAUUCCUGAUUGAAGUACUGUAUGAGUAUUUGACACAGUGCUGUGAGUAAGCUGGCAGUAGCAGACAGUUUUCAGGAAUGUAGCUUUACAGAAGAGGAAAUAAUUCUGAAGUGUCUUCAAAGUGUAGUUCUAUUUCUUGAAGACAGCUUUCUUCGAUGCUACAGUUCAAGGAAAUCAUGCAAAUCUGGCUAUCAAAAAGCCAUACAGUAACCUGAGUGUUUCCAUCUGAAUUCCCUGAGUUGAUGUUUAUAAUGUAUCGUCCUCCAGCGAUCUGUCUGGCAAGUAAAUAGAAUUUCUAAGGAAUUGGGUUCAUUUUGAUUUGAUGUUGCUUAAGAAAAACAGAAGAAACAGAAUACCUGAAACUGUUUCACUAGGGCAGCUUGGCUUAUACAUUGUAGCAAUGUGCUAAAUAAUCAGUGCUCUCCUGUACCUGUGGAAUGGAAGCAAACCUUCAUAUGCUCUGAAUGUGGCAGCAUGAUACUGAAAUAGAAAUCAGAAGCUAGAACUGCAAAAAACAAGAAAGCAGAAGGAAGACAUUUUCUGAAGACCUGUUAUAAGCAUUAAGCAGUGGAAGAAAGUUCUUCACUGAACAAGGAGGUUUCUGUAUUUACAAAAAUGCAGACGUGAGAUUUUCCUGAGGCACCAAGAUUUGAAUUUAUACAUAAAAAGUGCACAAAAAGCUUUCCCCGGUUCUUUUUUAUAACUAAAAUUGUUUUGGCCAAUAAAAUAAAACAUGAAUCCAAUGUACGUUACACUUUUAAAAGCUGAUUUGUUUAAUAUUUCCUAUAAUUAAACUAUGAUCUAUGAUUGGAAACCA